CAACACUCAUACAUCCCACUGAAGCCAUCAAGCCAGCGAUGGGAGCGGCUGCUCUUUAGACACACUUAGUCAUUUCUGAUCAUCAUUUGGAAUACAGAGCUCUGGUUAAUGCUUUUCAUCAACGUGGAACCACUGAGGAGAAGAAUUUUGAAUUUGACCUAGCGUCCAUGGUUGGUCGACACAACAGACACUCAUCAGAAGACAGCAGUAGGCGGUUGGGGAUAUUGAGCUGGGUCAUAGAAUUGAAAUAGCAGCUCAAGUAAGUGUCCUAUAGACCAAGGGUCAAAAUGUCUUCAAUGUUUGCCCCAAUGCUCUACUGUCUGCUCUUCUUCAAUGUGCAGGCAACAGUGUUUGGGUCAACUGGCAUUUAUAUUGGAGGCUUCAUUGUUGAGGGGAUAUUUGAACAGAAUAUAACUUUACAAGACAUAAAGGACAACUAUGUCAAUGAGACGGAAAUCACGGAUGCGGUACUACUUGCAGAGUGUGAAAUAUUUGACAAUAAAUCAAAAUGUCAGUGCAAGGAGAGUGGGAGUCGCUGGAGUGAGCUGGAGUGUCAGGACUAUCGAUGUUGCAUCCUGUCAGUCAGUGAACCUACCGUUUUGAGAGGAGAGUUUACAAUUGAUAAUAUCACAUCCAAUGCAGAUCUGCAAAAUUUGACAGACCUGCAUUUAUAUCAUUCAAUGAAGCCAACUGGAAAAAUUACUGAUGCUGUGGAAGUAGCAGAAUGCAGAGGCAGCGGGAAUGAAACUGAAUGUGAGUGCAUGUCGGAUCAUAUCUGGACUAGCACUGUCUGUGAGAACCACACUCACUGCUGUAACAAUCCCAAGUGCAAAGCAGAAGAUCUAGAAGACUUUACACCUAUGUGCCUCCCCAAAGUAAACGUUAAACUGACAGGGAAAGUUAAAUCCAAACUGACAUCGAAGAGAUCGACAGCUUCGGGAUUGGACAGCAACAUUGAAAAUGUGCUAAAACACACCUUUCAAGAAAUGAGUGGUUUGAAAACCAUGUCCGCAAACAGGAGCACUGACAGACAGAGUGCUGAAUUCAGUGUGACGCUUGAGGCAGUGUUUAAGACUGUACAACUUCAAAAGCUGAUCAAUAAGCUGCAGGACAACUUGUCUGCCACCAUAGAGGUUGAAUCAGUAGGAAUUGUUGAAAUAUCCAAACUAUCUGAGGGAGAACGUUAUGAAUUAAGCUGUGACCUAGAAGACCAAAUGGGGCAGUGCAGCUGGCUUUUGAAGACAGACAAUAAGGAAAUAGUUGUUGGGCCGGGAAUCGAAAUCAAAAUGGAUUGUGUUGUUAAUGGGUCUUCAUACUCUAAGACCACUCUGCUGCUGAAAGAAAAUGCUAGGGCAGGUUUGUACACUUGCAGAUUAACCAGUGGCUCAAUUUCACAUAAGGCCUCUGUAGAAUUAGAUAUACCAGAGCGCCCUGAUAUCAUCAUGGAAAGUGAACCACAGACUGCAGACUGCACAGAGGGCUCAAAGAGCAUCAAUGUCAGUUGUGAAAUCACAUCUAAUCGAAAUGAUUUCAACAUUACUUUGUCCUGUCCUGGUAAUAGUGUUGAAAAAGAUAAAUCCCUGCAUGUGAACAUCCCCUGUGACGAUAAAUCUGAAAAUCUCAAUUGUAUCUGUAAAGUCACCCAUUAUGAUGCAGCAUAUGAUUACAACCAAACAGUCACUCUAACAGUCCCAGUCUUAAAAUCUGACAGUGCUUUCUGUGCGGGAAAGGAUGAAUGGCCAAAAACAAAGGUAGGCUCAACAGCUACUCAAAGAUGUGAACAAGGAAGAGUUGGGUAUAAAAGCCGCACGUGUGUAGGAAAAGACGACUGGGGGAUCGUGUCCGACUACUGUGUUAGGGAAGAUGUAGAAAAUCUGAUCCAAUCAGCAACGGACAUUGCCGAUGGCUAUGGAAACACCCCUGAGGAAGUUGGCAACAUUUUUUCUGAUAUGACGGAUGUCAGCAGUCUUGAGAAGGAAGCAACGCUGGCAGACGUGGAAGCCUUUAUCAACAUUCUGGAUGCAUUGAACACGGCAACAUCCAAUAUUGUAGUAAUGAAUAAAUCAGUUAUGACUGAUUUUGUAGAGUCAGCCAGCAAUGUCUUAUCUAUGGAUUGGAGUGGUGCCAAUAAAACACACGAAAAGAAUCUGUCUGUGAACUACCUGCAAUCUCUUGAGGGGCUGCUGCAGAACAUCCAAGUGAACCAGAGCUUAGAAUACAACACCACACUCCUGCAAUUACAAGUUCGACAAAAAGACAUCAGCCAACCUAGAACCGUCUUUGAUGUCACACUGUCGCUGUCCACUUCAGCAGAGCUGGUCAAAAUUUUAGCAAUUAAGAACCUGAGUGACCUGCUACCGGUUUCUCCGAAAAGGAAGAGCAAUAGCCUAGUGGUGACCGUUGCUCUGCAAAGCAAAAAAAACGAGACCUCAACCACAAUCGACCUUGUGUUUAAUCUGACGCAGAAUAGGCCACGAAACCAUGAGAUAUUCUGCGUGAACUGGCAGAACAGUCCUGGAAAGUGGGGCGAAGAAGACUGUAACUGGAUACCAAAGAAUGACUCUCAUGCAAUAUGUCAGUGUUUCCUCAAGGGAAAGAAGACCGAGACUGAAAAGCCCGGGGAUCCAGUGAUCACCAGGAGAAGGACUUGGUCCCUUUCAGCGCUUGUGUCCGGGCACGCCAUUGUGCUGGAAGGCCUUGACCUGAUCACCUUAAUUGGGCUCGGUGCCUCAACCUGUUCCCUUGUCAUCUUCAUAUUCGUGGAGGUUCUCGUAUGGAAGGCUGUCACCAAGACGAACAUUGCAUUUUUCCGUCACACAGCACUGGUCAACAUAGCCACGUUCCUUCUUCUGGCCAACAUCAUCUUUUUUGUGACCUUCUCAAUAAAGGAUUUCUCUAAGCACGAAACCUGGUGCCUUGUCUUGGCGUUGGCCAUGCAUUUCUCCUACCUGGUCAUGUUCUUCUGGAUGUUUUGCCUGAGCAUGAUGCUUCUCCAUCAGCUAAUGUUCGUCUUCUCUCCUGUGAUGAGGAAGACAUUCUUCUUCCUCUCCGUCUCCAUUGGCUACAUCUGCCCCAUGGUGACUGUGUCCGUCACAUACGCGUAUUACAAUCUGACCGAUGGCUCCUACUAUGACCCACAAACCUGCUGGCUGAAAUACGAAGGGGAGCUUCAAGGCUCAAUCCACGCAUUCCUGUUCCCAGUGGGAGUCAUCGUUCUGAUUAACCUGUUCACCAUGAUUAAGGUGAUUGUCACACACCUGAGGCCCAAGGUUUCGGCGGGCACGGUGGACGAGAAGGAGAUAGCGAGAAGCAUCCUCAAGGUCAUUGCAAUUCUUACCCCUGUCUUUGGCGUGUCAUGGGCGCUGGGAUUUUUAGUGUUCUUGAUGGAUCUCGCUCACGGAACAUUACCAAAGAUAGUGAACUAUGCUUUCACUAUCACAACCUCACUGCAGGGGUUCUUCAUUUUGCUCACUGGAAUACUAGGGGAGACAAAGGUUCAAGAUGAAGUUUCGAAAUAUGUCAGUUGCACGAAACCAGAGAGAAGCGAGAGCACAAGGAAUCUUACAUCAUCAUCCCUCAAGAAGAAUUGAUCCCUAUUUCGACCAGAUCUGAAGGCGUUCCACAGUUGCGACACGGCAAAGCAGGAGCUGAGUCACCUUAAUUAGCAAGCUCAGAAGACACACUUUUCUUCUCAAGUUAAAGAAAUUAUACAUAGAUAUAUGUUUGAAUUAAAUUUGAUAAUUUACUCGCAAUGAACAAUAUGAGAUAUGAUGUAUUUUUCCUGUUGAGAUUUAAAUAUGCAAAAACAGAUUUAAUAAUCUAGUAAU